UUUGAUGCUAUUGGGUGUAGCGCAUAUUUCGCCCCUUGGUUUCAUCUUUCACAGUGUGGGACUUCCUUUCCGGAAUCGAACUUAUUCUUUACUUCGUUUCCUUUGGAACGUAAGCGCCAACGCUCGACAGGACUAGGAUUUCGGAACGAGCACAUGUUUAGGGUAGCGCAGCGACCCGCGGUCUGAGAGUACCCUACAGAGUCUGUCCCAACAUUCCACUGCUCGAGAUUCUAUCGCCUAUUGUGUGCCGUAUCCUCUGCCCAGCUUAUCUAUCUUCCCCUGUAAUUUGCGCUUUUCGUCUUUUCGUCCCCUGUAAUUUAACAAAGGCAAUUUCCAAGCGGCGCUUGUCUAUCUGUACAGUUCGCUAUACGUCUUCGAUUGUCGGGGUACGGGUAGAGUCGGAGAAAGAAACCGAGGUUUUGAAGAUUACAUCGCCGAAACCAGGCCAAUGACUCAUGAGUCGGAGCCUGCAAGUUGUGUGGCCACUUCUGCUGCCGGAAACGAUGAGAACGCUGAAAAUGCAGCAAGGAGAACGGAUGGUCGUAUUGGGAGUACAGAGGAGUCUUGCACUUUCUUCAAGAAGUCGGUGAGAAAUAAGAACAUGAGAAAAAGAACCUCAGAAAAUAAUGAGGAAGACGAAGAUGUUGGUCUUGUGCAAAAGUUGAAGGCAGUAAAGAAAAGUGAUGGCAGAUUAGAGUUUUCGUCAGGGACUGGUCCAGCCAAAAAGCUUGUUGCCGUGGACGAGGGAACGAAAGAAGAUGAAAAAUUAGGUCCGGACGGCGAGAAGAAGGGAGUCUUCUUUUUCGAAUCCUCUCGAGAGAUUCAAACACAGAAUGACUCAAGGGCUACUGCCACGUUGGAAACGGAAACAGCUUUUGAUAGAGAUGCCAGAGCAAUUAGAGAGAGGGUUCUGAAACAGGCUGACGAGGCACUCAAGGGAAACAAUAGUGCCAGCAGUAAGGUCUAUAAAGGUAUCAAUGCUUAUACAGAUCACAAAGCUGGAUUCAGGAGAGAACACACAAUUUCUGGUGAGAAAGCUGGAGGUGCGCACGGCCCUUUACGAGCGUCGGCACAUAUCAGGUGGUCUGUCCGGUUUGAUUAUCAGCCAGACAUAUGUAAAGAUUACAAGGAAACAGGUUACUGUGGUUAUGGAGAUUCCUGCAAAUUCAUGCAUGAUCGAGGUGAUUACAAGUCGGGCUGGCAAAUGGAGAAAGAGUGGGACGAGUCUCAGAAGAAGAAGAAGGACAGAAUAGUACAAGGACUUCCCGAAGAAGAGGAGGCUGGGGAGGAAGAUAGUGAUGAAGAUGACGAGCUACCUUUCGCGUGUUUCAUCUGCCGUGAACCCUUCAAAGAACCAGUCAUGACACACUGCAAGCACUAUUUUUGCGAACAUUGUGCACUGAAGCAUCACGCAAGAAAUAAGCAUUGUUUCGUCUGCAACAAGCCUACGAAUGGGGUCUUCAACACUGCCCAUGCGAUUGUGAAGAGAAUGAAAGAAGCCAAUGCCGCCGAGGAAGAAGAUAAAAAGAGAACGUAGUUACAGACGUAUAGAUGUUCAAUCCGUUGUAUUUGAACUCGAACAAUGUCUCAAUCCGACAAGACUUGCUGGCUCAUGGUCAAGCGAAUGAAGGAGACUUCGACCUUUCCGUUCUCAGCCCCGAUUGACCAGAUUUCUACAAACUGGUGUCAUUUUCUGUACUUGAUUUGCAUGGGACAGAGUGUACCAUAUGCUCACCAUCUGGAGCUGUAGACUUAGAAUUUUAUCAUAGGGAUUCACAGCGGACCCGGCGUCGUCCAUCUACAUUUUAGGGUUAUGACAGCUCGACAGUUCUGUGUGUAGGAUGUAUAUGAAAUGUAAUCAAGCUAAAGAUAUGAAGUCUGAAGACGGAACAACUUUUAGACAACUAUUUUCCGUACUUUUUCUGAUGAUAACAGGCCCGAAGUGAUAGUGCCAUGUGGCUAAGGUGAGUUCCCUGCUGCAUGGAAUGCUGAUUCCAGGAGGAAAGAUCCAGUAGAGCAGCCUGACGAGUUAAGACUUUAAAAGGAAGACAGAUUUCUGCAACAGUCAGUACAGCAAGGUCUCAAUUUGUUGCUGGAGCAUUCUUGCGGAGUAUCUCGCUGUUGAAUGUCAGGUUGUCUGACCAAAUUGUUUUGUGUAGUAGACGCACGUAUCUUCGAAUAUACACUAAAAUGUCGCCAGAAUUCCACAAUUUGGUAGCGGCGAAUUCACAAUUCCUGUCC